AUGGACUCCGAGCGAGUUACGUUCUGCGGAUUGAGAUUUUGGUGCUGGGGACGGAAAGUGCUGGGACGGAGCCAGAAGAGAGAAACGGAGAGGAAGAUGACGAGGAAAGAGGAUCUGGAACCAAAUAAUCCUGCAGACACCUUCAUGGCGAUGGUUGAAUUAGGGAUCGAUAGCAAGAUUCGCACACGCACAUGCCGUAGCUGGGGAAAGUGCUUCACUCAUAUGAAAGAAGACCAAAUUACACAGUCACUUCACUUGGGUCGGAGCCGUCUGCCUUGGUCUUCAACUCCAUCAUCUCCAUGUCUUUUCCACUUCAAGAUUAGAUCUGAGCUCCGAAAAUUUUCCCGAAGUGGAAAGCGGAAAUGGGCUAUUCUAGUUGGGAUUCUGGCUCUUACUCAUAUGUCCUUGUUACUUUCCUAUGGAAGAUAUCUGUUGCCUGAUGGAAGAAGACUUAAACUACCCAGCGAGAACAAUGCUUUGGUGGAGACUCCAUCACAAAACGCUCUUCUCAGGAACACACUUGCAGUUAACCUUUCUGAGGUUCCUGUAGGCUUGGAGAAAAAUGGGUAUGUUUCGGGUUCUGUUCUAAGGAAUGAGCCAGAGGAUGAUGAAGGGUUUGUUGACAGUGUUGAAUUUGAGAGCUUUGAAGACGCAAAGGAUAGUGUCAUCAUCAAAGAUGUGGCUGAAAGCGAUGACAGUCUGUUUCCUUCAGAGAAAAUUGUAAUGCAGAAUGAAGGAGUUUUGACCAGUAAUCAUGAGCAUCGGGUGCCAAAUGUGUCAUUGCAAAGCCAGGAGAACGUGAAGAGCUCGAAGCUAAGUUCAGGCUCCUCCUCCAUAACUUCUCAUGUUUUAGGAAAUAGCUCGUUGCUUGUUAUUAAGCAAGUGAGUAAGAAGAAGAAGAAGAUGCGGUGUGAUCUUCCACCAAAAACUGUGACUACAAUAGAUGAGAUGAAUCGGAUUUUAGCUAGGCACCGUAAAUCUUCACGCGCUAUGCGACCGCGUUGGUCUUCUAGGAGAGAUGAUGAGAUAUUGGCUGCAAGAAAGGAGAUAGAGAAUGCUCCUGUCGCACCUAUUGACCGGGAACUCUUCCCUCCAAUCUUCCGUAAUGUUUCCAUGUUUAAGAGGAGUUACGAACUUAUGGAACGGAUGCUCAAGGUUUAUGUAUAUAAGGAGGGAAACCGCCCCAUUUUCCAUACUCCGAUACUCAAGGGGUUGUAUGCGUCAGAGGGAUGGUUCAUGAAGUUGAUGGAAGGAAACAAGCACUACACUGUAAAGGAUCCAAGAAGGGCUCACUUGUACUAUAUGCCAUUUAGUGCACGGAUGCUAGAAUACACGCUUUACGUGCGUAACUCUCACAACCGAACUAACCUACGCCAGUUUCUUAAGGAAUACACUGAGCACAUCAGUUCCAAGUACCCUUUCUUCAAUAGAACCGAUGGAGCCGAUCAUUUUCUUGUCGCCUGUCAUGAUUGGGCACCAUAUGAGACAAGGCACCACAUGGAGCAUUGCAUUAAAGCUCUAUGCAACGCAGACAUAACCGCAGGCUUCAAGAUCGGAAGAGACAUCUCCCUCCCCGAAACAUAUGUCCGAGCCGCCAAAAACCCGCUUCGUGAUUUGGGUGGAAAACCGCCGUCUCAGAGACGGACCUUGGCUUUCUACGCUGGGAGCAUGCACGGUUACUUACGUCCCAUCCUGCUACAGCACUGGAAAGACAAAGAUCCCGAGAUGAAGAUCUACGGGAGAAUGCCGCUUGGCGUAGCGAGCAAGAUGAACUACAUCGACCAGAUGAAGAGCAGCAAGUACUGCAUUUGUCCUAAAGGGUACGAGGUGAACAGCCCGAGGGUGGUUGAAUCGAUCUUCUACGAGUGUGUCCCUGUGAUUAUAUCCGACAACUUUGUGCCGCCUUUCUUUGAGGUUCUUGAUUGGAGCGCCUUCUCGGUCGUUGUUGCGGAGAAAGACAUCCCGAGGUUGAAAGAUAUCUUGUUGGCGAUACCGGAAGAGAAAUACGUGAAGAUGCAGACGGCGGUGAGAAAGGCGCAAAGGCAUUUUCUGUGGCAUGCUAAACCGGAGAGAUACGAUCUGUUUCAUAUGGUUUUGCAUUCUAUUUGGUAUAACAGAGUGUUCCAAGCAAAGCUUCCCACACGAAGCUCGUCGUCCAUCCGGAGCUUGAACCAAAAAGCCAUGAACAGUGAGAAGGAAGAGCAACCAUUGAUGGAGAUCGAUGAUUCGGCUAAUGUUCUCGAUCUCACUAGCUGUCAGCUUCACAGUCUCGAAUCUGUCGAGUUGCCUCCGACCCUGACUGAGCUCGACCUUACGGCGAACCGUUUGUCGGGAUUGGAUUCGAGGAUCGCUCAGCUCUCUAUGCUCAAGAAGCUUUCUCUUCGCCAGAACCUUAUUGAUGAUUCCGCCGUCGAGCCUUUAUCUCUCUGGGAAGCCUUAUCCGAUCUCGAGGAGCUGAUUCUGAGAGAUAACAAGCUCGCAAAAGUUCCAGAUAUCAGAAUAUUCUCAAAGCUUUUGGUUUUCGACAUAUCUUUCAAUGAAAUCACCUCGUUGCAAGGGUUAUCGAAGGCCUCUAGCACACUCAAGGAACUCUAUGUCUCUAAAAAUGAAGUUAACAAGAUUGCGGAGAUCGAACACUUGGACGAUCUGCAGAUUCUCGAACUGGGGUCUAAUAGAUUGCGGGUAAUGGAAAAUAUGGAAAACUUCACAAAACUAGAAGAACUGUGGCUUGGAAGAAACCGUAUCAAAGUUGUCAACCUGUGUGGGCUCAAAUGUAUAAAGAAGAUCAGCUUGCAGAGCAAUCGUUUGACCUCUAUGAAAGGAUUUGAGGACUGUGUUGCUCUUGAAGAGUUAUACUUGAGCCAUAAUGGUAUCUCAAAGAUGGAAGGCUUGAGUGCAUUGGUUAACCUACGGGUAUUGGACGUGUCGAACAACAAACUCACGUCAGUUGAUGACAUUCAGAACCUCACAAAGUUGGAAGAUUUGUGGCUUAAUGACAACCAGAUAGAAUCACUUGAAGCAAUCACAGAAGCUGUUACAGGCUCUAAAGAGAAGCUUACCACUAUCUAUCUCGAAAAUAACCCUUGUGCCAAGUCUUCCGAUUAUGUUGCGGUGCUCAGACAAAUCUUCCCAAAUGUGGAGCAAAUAGAUUCUAACUUAUUUGCUUAGAGAAGGAUGUUCCUCGUGUGCUCGUUUUAUGAGAGCCUGCUUCCUCAUGGUUCAGACUUCAGAGGCAUCGAAUCCAAGAAAUUAGGUAAAACAAAGAUGUCUUGAAAUAUACAUGUGUCUGCUGUUUAUCCAUAAAGAAGUGCAAACGAGCAAACCAAAUCGUUCGCUUCUCUUCAUCGAUAUUUUAUGAAAACGUUUUGAAAUACUCGUGAUCCCUUGGAAGCAAAAUCAAAACAUGUUUUUGGUCUGUAAGCAGUAUGUGUGACUUUGCCUGUAAAAGGGAAUCCCGAGUCUGAGGUUGUCUUUGUUUCAACCAACAGUAACUUGAAUACUUUGACGUUGCCCCUGUCAUUCUUAUCUUUUUAGUUUCAUGAGAUUGUUCAGCAUUGAUAAGUUUCUAUGUUGCAGAUUUAUUACUACUUUUUGUUACUACUGUUCAUAAAUUUUUUUGCUACUAAUUUAUUUUUGCCUACAAAA